AUGGAGAUGGACUUCCAAAAAACGAAGGAGGCCCGGCGAGAUACGCCGAGCAAGAAGGAAGAAAACUCCGAAUGCCCCUUGGAAGCAUAUGGGGGCAGUGGCCAUGCGAAGAACUCGCCCAAGAAUGACUCUCUGGACCACCAUCGCGAUGCGAAGAGCCCCCCAGACUCCGCGAAUAUGCACCAGCGACGCCAGCCGGGUAAAUAUACCUACCGUGAUGGUGUAGCCCCAACAUUUCCGUCGCCUAUCCAGAUGGCAACACGGGUUCUGGCGCCGUCUGCACGAGCAAUGCACAUUCCCCCAGCCCUGCCACUCAGCUUGGAACAACAUCAACGGCUACUAGCUGCUAAAAGGUAUCCGCCAGUGACCAAGAGUACGCUUAGUGAACUGGACCUGCCCUGUAUCAUGAGCAACAUUAACCUCCGAAUGGACGCCAACUUUGACCGUGAUCUUCACUUUAAACCUGACCUGCAGGGAGAAAAGGGCGAACGGAAACGAAAGGAGGCCCACGACUACUGGGAGGCUAUGGCUGAUGAGAUCGCUAUAUAUGCAUUCGGUGCCGCACAAGAGACGGCCGGGACAAACAAUGUUGGAAUCUCAGAUAAUCUAUCGCGGACCUUUGAACCGCGGCUACCCGCCAUGUUCGAAACCUUGCAAGACGUCCUGAAAACGCUCGUCCCUGAGCGGGACCAUCCGGCUGUGGUACAAAAUCUCGAGGUAACACUCCUGAUGCAACAAAUCCAGAAGGGCGUACUUGAUAUGGUGGGUGUGGCAAGCUGGCUGGCGGCCUUGCUCAAGACACACUGCGCUCCAAUGCGCGAUGAAUGGGCAGAUAAGAUGGUCAAGCAGAUACGGUCAGGGUCAGAGUCGCAAAACUCGCACCAAAUCGUCGAAGGGCUCAAAACACUGUUCGCAAUCUUGGAAGCGAUGAAACUGGAUGUUGCCAAUCACCAAAUCCGUGCUUUCCGUGUACUGCUCAUUGAAGACACCGUUCCGUUCCUACAGGAGUAUUUCCGAGGCAAGAUCGAGAGGGACAAUUUCUGUGUGGAAACAUCGCGACAGUGGUAUCUGGACCUCCGCGAUCGAGAGUUGUGCCGCAUGUCGAAACCUACCCAGAUGGACGGGUUCUGGCCCAUUUCUCUGUUGUUUGGUGGCAUCACCGACUUUCUUCUGCAGUACCGGCGACCAGACAAGUUCCCUGAAACGUUCGUUUUCGACUCGGACCGGCUGCGGCAGCUGCGAUCUUGUCUCCAAAAGCUGAUCAACCUUGAUAUCUGCUGGUUCAUCUUCGAGUCGUACAUCAACGCACAGAAACGGUAUCUUUCGGCGCCCGCGCAAACAUACGCUACUUUCCGCACCCGUAUCGGAUCGCUGAUGGAAGAGAACGAAGACUACCCUCGAGGGGAUCCUCGGUGGCUGAAAAGUGUACGGAGCAUCGCGCUGGAGAUUGCACGAUUUGCAUGCGCCGCGUGCUUCCAAGACGGGUCGGUCUCGGACGAUGUCAUUGUGCAAAUAGAAAUGGCACUGGAAUGCCACCUCUCGAGCCCAUCCAACUUGUUCCAGUAUUUCCAGAGCUCUCUUCGCGAGAAGCUACUAGCAGCGACGUUCACGACGGCGAAGAAGUACAUGAGCAUGUCACCCCUGGCGAUCUGCGAAUCGCAGCGCAACUAUCCGCCCUCGUCACUAACACAGCAGCACUAUGACAUCGAGCGAAUCGCCAUGCGCCUUGCACACAUGGGCGUGCUACACUGGAACGUCUGGGCGCCGAUUCUAUACAUGCGCGAGAGUGUGUCACCGAUUGACGUGGCGAACAACACGAGAACGGUCACUGACGUGGCGCGCUCGUCCACCCUGUAA